GGCCCUGCUGGGUGGGUCAGGAAGAGUUUCCUCUUUUCUCCCCGCUCUGGUCCCUACCCAGGCAGGCGCUGCGAUCUCGUGAGGUGUCGUGAUCCGUUUAAGUCUGAGGCAGGCGUGGAGACAAGCAGGCGUGAGCAGGCAUAUGUGAAGACAUUGGCAGGUAUCCCCAGGGAGAGAUGCAGAAAACCUGCAGGGUGAGUGCCGCUUAAGCAAGUCCAACUGGGAGCACACUGAGCAGUUUAGAUUCCUCUGGAGAAACGCCUUUGCUGCAUGCAGUUAUGCACAGUCUAGCUGCAUUCCUGCUCAUCCUCCUGGCUGGUGGUGCUGAGGCCUUUCGCAUCUGUGCCUUCAACACCCAGCGGCUGACACUGGCCAAGGUGGUCACGGAGCAAGUGAAGGACACCUUAGUCCAGAUUGUGGCUCGCUGUGACAUCAUGGUGCUACAGGAGGUGGUGGAUUCUUCUAAUAAGACCAUCUCCCUCCUGCUUCAAGAACUCAAGCGCAGAUUUGAUGGCUCCAGACACUAUAGCUCCCUGGACAGCUCCAGGUUGGGGCGCAGCACAUACAAGGAGAAGUAUGUGUACAUCUACCGGUCUGACAAGACACAGGUCCUGAAUUCCUACCAGUAUGAAGAUGAGGAUGACCUAUUUGCCCGGGAGCCCUUUGUGGCCCAGUUCACUUUGCCUAGCAAAAUCCUUCCCAGCCUGGUGCUGGUCCCACUGCACACCACUCCUAAGGAUGUAGAAAAGGAGCUGAAUGCCCUAUACAAUGUGUUUCUGGAUGUCUCACAGCGCUGGCAAAGCAAGGAGGUGAUCCUACUUGGGGACUUCAAUGCUGAUUGCACUUCACUGCCCAAAAAACGCCUAAGCCAGCUUCUACUGCGAACUGAAGCAGGCUUCCACUGGGUGAUUCCUGAUGGGGAGGACACCACAGUGAGAGCGAGCACCCACUGCACCUACGACCGCAUUGUGCUGCAUGGGGAGGGCUGCCAGAGCCUGCUGCAGGCUGCAGCUGCCUUCAACUUCCCCAAGAGCUUCCAUCUCACUGAGGAAGAGGUAGUGAGGCCCUCAGCAUCAGUGACCACUACCCUGUGGAGGUGGAGCUCAAUCAGACUGCUCGCAGUAUCCAGCCCCUCAGCCUGCCCACUCUGCUCCUGCUGUCACUGCUUUUGUCACUCCUGCCCUCUCAGCUGGACCUGGUGGCCCACGGGUGUGAUGUCCAUGUUGCCUUUAGGACUUAAUUCUUGGUCUCACCCAUCCAGUCUGUUCUGCCCUGGGGCUGAAGUGACCCUUUUGCUUAGUUUGGCUUUUUUCUUGGUAUUAGAAGGGGCAUCCAGGACCUGAGGCUGGACCCAUGAUGCUUCCCUUCAGGUAGUGUCAGGAGUGAAAACAAAAGCAGGUGUCAUGGCUGGAGAGAUGAGCUCAGGUGGCAUCAUCUUCUCUCUGCCAGACCUCACAGAGCUCAGAAAGGGGACUCACAACAGAUCAAAAAAUUCUACUGUAUGACAAAAAUGAAACUUACAAAGACUGAAAAGCCAGAUUGGAUGGGUAUUACAUGUGGGUAGCAGAUGUCAACAGGAAACCAUUAAGAACCCAGUAGAUACACAAAUGGAGAUUUAAAAAAAUCUAUGGAGAUAAGGUGUUACACCACCACCACCAAAAAAUAGUAAUAGGAAACAAAUAAGCUCAUUGCAACCCUGUGUGUGACUAACUCACAAAAGCCCCAGGGUCAGGCUGGGGUUGUGACUCAGAGGAAAGAGUGCUUGCCUAACAUGCAUGAGGCACAAGGUUUGAUCCUCAGCACCACAUAGAAAAAUAAAAGGUAUAUGUUCACUUAUAACUAAAAAAAAAAAAAGUUUAGGGGCUGGGGAUGUGGCUCAAGCGGUAGCGCACUCGCCUGGCAUGUGUGCGGCCCGGGUUCGAUCCUCAGCACCACAUACAAACAAAGAUGCUAUGUCCGCCGAUAACUAAAAAUAAAUAAAUAUUAAAAAUUUAAAAAAAAAAAAGUUUAAAAAUAAACAGCCCCAAUGUCUGUGGUCAGGCCUGUC